AUGCAGCUCUCAUUUCUUUGGCUGUCGGCCACAGCGCUGUUCUCUCAAGCUGCCUCGGGGUUUUACCUGAAGUCGCGUCAUUCGGUCCUGUCCAAGUAUGGCUUCGCCUCUCUCAACGACCGUGAGACGACGCCUGCGGAAGUCGGAUUCACCUUUCCGCACACCUAUCGCCCUAUCUCCAUCGACCUCGAUGAGAAUGGUAACCUUUCGGGCGACUUUGUAUUGCGGAAAGUGGCACAGGAGGCGUGGGCUCUGGUGUCAACGGCGACUGCCGGUGAACGUCAGUCAACCGACAUUACGGGACCCUUUGCCCUUGACAAGGAGAGAGAGAUUUUAUACACGGGGAAAGAAGGCCUCGUCUGGGCUGUUUGUUCCCGUUCGGGACAUUAUGGGCUCACUUUAGUCCCGCGAACAUACCCCGACCGUCGUUGCGUUCACGAUAUCGAGCUCGUUGCUGUUUAA